CCGGACAAGAUGCGCAUCUACCUGGCCCUGCCGCUCCUGCUGCUGGGCAUCGGCCUCAGCUUGGCCCAGUACCAGUACCAGGAUCCCCACCAAACCCUGGCCCAGCAGUUCGCCGACGUGGUGGACGUGGUCGAUCCUGCAGAGCAAUCCCUCAAAGCUGUGCGACCACCCAAGAGCCGCAACCAGUGCAACACCAAGCAGAACUGCUUCUGCGGCACUCCGAAUGUCAACCGAAUUGUGGGCGGCCAGCAGGUGCGCUCCAACAAGUAUCCUUGGACCGCCCAGUUGGUCAAGGGUCGUCAUUAUCCCCGUCUCUUCUGCGGAGGCUCGCUGAUCAACGAUCGCUAUGUGCUGACCGCCGCCCAUUGUGUGCACGGUAACAGGGAUCAGAUCACCAUUCGCCUGCUCCAGAUCGACAGAUCCUCCCGGGAUCCUGGCAUUGUGCGCAAGGUGGUCCAGACCACUGUGCAUCCCAACUACGAUCCCAACCGCAUUGUCAACGACGUGGCUCUGCUCAAGCUGGAGUCUCCUGUGCCGCUGACUGGCAACAUGCGUCCCGUCUGCCUGCCCGAGGCAAAUCACAACUUUGAUGGCAAGACCGCUGUGGUCGCUGGUUGGGGCCUGAUCAAGGAGGGCGGUGUCACCUCCAACUACCUGCAGGAGGUCAAUGUGCCGGUCAUCACCAACGCGCAGUGUCGCCAGACGCGCUACAAGGACAAGAUCGCCGAGGUGAUGCUCUGCGCAGGACUGGUGCAGCAGGGUGGCAAGGACGCCUGCCAGGGCGACAGUGGUGGCCCACUGAUCGUCAACGAGGGUCGCUACAAGCUGGCCGGCGUGGUGUCCUUCGGCUUCGGCUGUGCCCAGAAGAAUGCGCCGGGUGUCUACGCCAGGGUCAGCAAGUUCCUGGACUGGAUCCAGAAGAACACCGUCGACGGCUGCUACUGCCAGAGCUAG